AUGGCAGGCGCAAAAUUUACUUACGAUGAAAGUGGCAAUACGUUCUAUUACUUUGCAACUUCCUUCUAUUUAAUGAUAUUAAUCCCCUUGACAUAUUAUUACCGCCCUAAGAAGGAAAAGAAAGAUAGUACACAAGACGACAGCAAUGAUUGUCAAUGUCAUGGAUGUAUUGAUAAACGUGCGUUUUUGAAGAAAACAUCUCAUAAAAAAUCCAAUCGUAAAAUAUAUAUAAUACUAGUUAUUGCCUGGAUUAUAGCUGCUAUCAUCGUUUAUAAAGUGUCGUCAAUGAAAAAUGAGGCAGUGGCAUUCGAUCCAUAUGAAAUACUAAAAAUUAGUGAAGGUGCAAUGCAAGCUCAAAUUCGAGCAGCUUAUCGUACACUUAGUAAAAUUCACCAUCCUGACAGAGGUGGAGAUCCAAAAAAAUUUAUUAUGAUUUCUCGUGCGUACAAAGCACUAGCUAACGAAGAAUCUCGUAAAAUGUGGGAAGAAUUCGGUGAUCCCGAUGGCCCUCGCGAGAUCAAGUUUGGUAUCGCGUUGCCAUCUUGGAUUGUAGAAAAGAACAAUUCAUGGAUGAUUGUUGCUUUCUAUUUUAUCGUAUUCCUUGGUCUCCCUCCAGUUGGUUUGUAUUUUUGGUGGAGGCGUGCAGUUAAAUAUGGAGGCGAUAAGGUUUAUAGUGACACAGUAAAGCUUUUUACGUAUCAAGUUCACAAAACUCAUACCUUAGCAACGAGUCGUGCAUUAAUGGUUUUGAGUGCAGCUUUUGAAUUCUGUGGAAAAAUGAAUCCGGAUAUUAAAGAGAGAGAAUCAGAUAAUGAAGAUUUAUCUAAGCUUGUCAGUAAACUUGGUUCUGAAGUAAAGAUCGGGUGUAAAGAACAGCUAUUGGGAGCACCAUAUUCUGUAAAAACCCGUGCAUUAUUACUCGCACAUAUGCAAAAAAUGGAACUUCCGAGCAAAAAUUUAAAAAAUGAAGGACAAGUUCGAAAUGUCUUUUCGUCCAUUGAAAAUAUCCUUAAAUUAAGUCAAUGCCUUAUUCAAUGUACAUGGGGAGAUUUACAUCCCAUGUUACAGAUACCUCACUUGAAACGUGAGAUGCUGAGGCAUUUUCAAACCAAGAAGAGAAGUAUAAGAACUAUUACCGAUCUGGUUGCAUUACCUGCUGAAGAUCGAAGAUCUUUAUUGAGAACUCUGACUGACCAAGAUUACAACGACGCAAUGAAAUUUUGUGCCAAUUUACCAUACUUGAGUAUAACUGUCGAUACGAAAGUAGUUACACGAUAUCAAACAAUUGUUUUACAGGAGUUAUUUCAUGAAGCAAAUAAGGAAAAGAGUCUAUCAGAAGAAAUUGAAAAUAUUGGUCCAGAUGAUGAAAAUGAAAAGAAGGACCGUAAUGCUCCUAUGCAAAAUCAUAAUUCUCGAAAAAAGCAAGGCAAAAAUAAGAAAUCUCAGAAAUUUCAGAAAGGGAAGAAACCGGCUCAAAAGAAAAUUACGAAAAAAGUCGAAGAAAUUUCUACAGUACAGGAUGAAGAGAGUGAAAAUGAUAAUGCUGAUGAUGAAGAAGAGAAUAAAAGUGAUGCUGAAUAUAAUUCUGAUGAUGACGAUGUUGUAGCUAAUGGUAAGGAUGAGUGGGAAGUAAAAAUGGAGAAGCGACACAAAGAAUAUUUAUAUGGCGAUACGGUCCCUACUAGUCCGUUAGUUCAUUGUCCAUAUUUUCCUGAGGAAAGACGAGAAUCAUGGUUUGUCUAUCUCGCGGACAAAAAACAUAGCCAGUUUUUAACAGAAAGGACCUUUUCAUUUGUUGACGAUCUCGUCGAUACCAAGGAGCUUACAUUUCAAUUUCCAGCACCGCCAAAUAUUGGUUCUUAUGGAUUUUGCGUUGUUGUUCGAUCCGAUUGUUACUUAGAUGUCGAUAAACGUGUUUAUCAUACGAUUAAUGUUGAAGCACCAAAAGAAUCUCACAUAGCUGAAGUGAGUGAUUUGGAAUCGGAAACAGAAAGCGAAAGCGAAGACAAUGGAGAAGAUGUCACAGAUUCGGGAUCUGAUGAUUGGGACAAUGAAGCUGAAGAGUAG